AUGGGAAUCUGGUUGGACGGAAUUCGAAAAAUCGAAUUUACUUUUGAUAAACGUUACAAACAACUACGUACACAACCUCGUUUGGUUCAUCUCAAGAAAUUGCAUAAUCAUCAAACUGGUACUUUAGAUUUUAUAAAUGAG